GAAAAGUAGUAAAUAUAGCCCUUUUCGCUCCCUGAGCAGCACCAUGGCGGUAGGCAAGAACAAGCUCCUUAUGAAUGGCGGCAAAAAGGGAGCCAAGAAGAAAGUGGUUGAUCCAUUUUCAAAGAAAAAUUGGUAUGAUGUAAAAGCACCAGCAAUGUCUAAUAUAAGAAAUACUGGAAAAACACUAGUCACGAGAACUCAAGGAACCAAAACCUCAUCUGAUGGCCUUAAGGGUCGUGUGUUUGAAGUAAGCCUUGCUGGUCUGCAGAAUAAUGAAAUUGCAUUUAGUAAAUUCAUGCUAAUUACUGAAGAUGUUCCGGGCAAAAACUGCCUAAUUUCCAUGGCAUGGAUCUUACCCGGGACAAAAUGUGCUCCAUGGUCAAAAAAUGGCAGACCAUGAUUGAAGCUCAUGUGGAUGUCAAGACUACCGAUGGGUAUUUGCUUCCUCUCUUUUGUGUCAGUUUUACUAAAAAAUGCAACAAUCAGAUUCGGAAGACCUCUUAUGCUCAGCACCAACAGAUCCACCAAAUUCAGAAAGAGAUGAUGAAAAUCAUGACCCAAGAGGUGCAGACAAAUGACUUGAAAGAAUUUUUCAAUAAGUUGAUUCCAGACAGCAUCGGAAAA